GCUCCUCAGUGGAUCAGAAAACCGUGGGAAUUUUUGUCAAACUCGCAGCAGAAAAAACAAAACUCCCCCAAAAAACUUGUUUGCAGCUGUUGGGGCUCAUCAGGCGUGAAGGAGCAGCGGGCUCAUUUUCUUGAAGAACAUGUCCAGUUCAUUGGAGAGGGUUGUGGCCCAGAAGAAGGAGGCCAUUGAGGCAGUGAUGGAUAUGUUCGAGAGGGGGGCCGAGGUGCUGGCCAGCGCUGUGGGCGAGCUCUUCCCCCUCUGCGAGGCCGCCGCCCCGGUCCUCCGCCUGGCCUUGGACAACGUCCAGAGCAAAGAGGUCUUCUACGUCAAAGAGCAGUUCCUGACGGUGAGGAACAAGCUGGACGUGCUCUCCGCCCAGCUGGAGGACAUCGACUGCGAGAUCAAGAAGGGGAGACUGGACUCCCAGUACUUCGCCGUGGAGGAGAACGUGAGGAACCAGUUUAGGAAAUAUAUGGACAUCUUGGAGGCAAAGCAGCAGUUCAGGGAGGUGAAGACCAGGCUCUUCCUGGAGCACUUUGCUAAAACUGGGGGAGAGAAGAACCUGUUUGUGUUGUAUGAUGCUUUAAUGGGCACCAACAGCUUUGGAGAAUCAGUUCUAGAGUUGGUAGAAAGGUAUGUUGCGAGGAACCGCCGACUCCUGGAAGACUUCUGUGUCCGCAUGAAGGAGCUCUUCUGUUUGGGCCUGAUUGCCCUACUGGGCCACUGUGCUUUAACCAAGGGCCAAGAGGAGGAAGAGGACACAAUCCAAGAGUGGAGCAGCAAAAUUGAAGAAGUAGAGUCCAGGAUGAAGACAACCAUUGAGUGCUGCAUUGCCGCCUUCCCAGAGCAAGCGAAAUUAGACGCCCAGCGACUCCUGCAAGAGAAGGAAGAGGAGAACCUGCAGGAAUCCACUCGGCAGCUUCUAGAGUUCCUGGUGAAAAAGUACGACUGGGUCAGCUGGUCUGUGAGGCUUAUCAACCAUUCGGGCAGCACCUACCGGAACUGGCGAGCCGGGGAGCACUUUCAUCAUGUGGCGGGACAGAACUGGUUCGAGGUGCUGCAGGUGAACAACAUCAACCUGGUGGUGUCGUACAGCACCAAACCCCGGCCGGUGCCGCGCGACCGCAUCCGGCAGGUGAUGGAGGGUCAGGGGAAGAAGGGAAACGCCCCGGCGGUGGUGGAGGUGCUGGAGAAGCAGCUGUGCGGGUUCGUGGUUCACGCCGUCAGCCGCCACAAGGAGUCCGCAGCCGCAUGGAGCUUCCCCGAAGAAUGUCACUACUGGGAGAGACACAAGAACGUGGCCGUGUGUGUGCACUCGGACUAAGGUCACCACCGUUUGAGAUUCAAACAAAACAGCCGAACAGUGUUUUCACACAGAGAUAGUAUGGGAGAUUGAGUUUAUCAUAGAAACAUUUUGAAAUAAUGAAUCUCACAAACUAAAGAUAUACAGAUCCAAUACACAAGUUGUAUCAGCGUCAAAUACUGACAUUACCAGGUGAACUGGGUGGCCCCAAAACUUUACUUAAAGCGGAAAAUAGACUGAAUUAGACUGAUUGCACCGUGUUAUCGUGAUAGAAAAACGCUACCAUCCACGUUCAUAUUGGUUCUAUAAGCUUUGCUUUCACCGUGUUAUUCUCCUGGCCACCAGGACACGUUUUCUGCUACAGAGGAACUGUGUCACCCGUUGAGUAACCAAAACAAGGAAGAGAAGCAAGUAGCACAACCAGCCUACUUGGUGAUACUAACCGGAAAUCUGGGUUUUCGGCUCAGCCCAGGCUCCAUAAAUCGUGAACAAAAAAAUGCUGCGGA